AUGGCCGAUGAAAUUGAAUCCACCAGCUCAUCCGAAAUUAAAGAUAGCUUGCAAGUCCACAAGGUUACACAAAUAGAAGUAUCAAAGCAAGAGCUUGACGUAACACCGAACUCUGAAGAAGAAAAGCGGCCAACUCAUACGGUAAAGCAUUCAGUUGUAGAAUUCAAAUCUACGCCAGCUCAUACGGUAAAGCAUUCAGUUGUAGAACUCAAAUCUACG